AUGAGGAGCAAGCCGUCGGACGUGUCCUCCUGGGUCCGCAUCCUGCGCCUGGAUCUGCUCCACCUCCCGCAGGGCAGCCUGGCGACCGCCCCUCAGCCGACAGCUGCCCAUGGCCUGCAGCACUACCUGCUUCUUGAGUGCCUGGAAUCGUCGCCAUUCCUUCUCCACGCUGGAGACCUUCUCCUUGCACUGCUGCUUCAGCUGGUCCAGCUCCUGGUGGUACCAGUCCAGGUCGUCGGCCUCCUGCUUCCUGAGCUCCUCCAGCAGGGCCAGAUAGUGGAGGAAGAUAUGGCUGCUCACGUAGGGGCCUCCCGGACUCCCCAGGAAGUGAUGGAGCAUUACGUAAGCAUGUACAUCCACGGCAACCUGGGGAAGGCCUGCAUCCCCGACACCAUCCCCAACCGGGUGACCGACCACACCUGCCCCAGUGGAGGCCCCCUCUCUCCCAGCCUCACCACCCCCUUGCCUCCCCUAGACAUCUCGGUGGCCGAGCAGCAGCAGCUGGGCUACAUGCCGCUGCGCGACGACUACGAGAUCGAGUACGACCAGGACGCCGAGACGCUCAUCAGCGGGCUCUCGGUCAACUACGACGACGACGACGUGGAGAUCGAGCUCAAGCGCGCGCACGUGGACAUGUACGUGCGGAAGCUCCGGGAGCGGCAGCGGCGCAAGAACAUCGCCCGCGACUACAACCUGGUGCCGGCCUUCCUGGGCAAGGACAAGAAGGAGCGCGAGAAGGCGGCCAAGCGCAAGAUCACCAAGGAGGAGCGGGAGCUGCGGCUGAAGCUGCGGCCGCUCUACCAGUUCAUGUCCUGCAAGGAGUUCGACGACCUGUUCGAGAACAUGCACAAGGAGAAGAUGCUGCGCGCCAAGAUCCGGGAGCUGCAGCGGUACCGGCGCAACGGGAUCACCAAGAUGGAGGAGUCGGCCGAGUACGAGGCGGCCCGGCACAAGCGGGAGAAGCGGAAGGAGAACCGGAACUCGGCGGGCGCCAAGCGCGGGCGGGAGGACGCCAAGGACGGCGAGUUCGCCGCCAUCGAGAACCUGCCGGGCUUCGAGCUGCUGUCGGACCGCGAGAAGGCGCUCUGCAGCUCCCUGAACCUGAGCCCCGCGCGCUACGUGACCGCCAAGACCAUCAUCAUCAAAGACCACCUCCAGAAGCGCCAGGGCAUCCCCUCCAAGAGCCGCCUGCCCAGCUACCUGGACAAGGUCCUGAAGAAAAGGAUUUUAAACUUCCUCACGGAGAGCGGCUGGAUAUCCAGGGACGCCUCCUGAAGCGGGCGGAGCCUGGGCGCGCGUGUGAGCCAAAUGACUGGGGUGGGGGGACAGCAGCCGCUUUCCCCAUGGUUGUUUUUUCAGCAAAUUGAGUUUCUUUUUUAGGAUGUAAGUUGUUCUCGCGGUCCUCUGGAAGAAGCAAUAGUAACAAUCUUAGAUCGGAUCAUGAGGGAAGCAGAUGCAGGCAUGUUGUACCUCAGUGCUAGAAGCAAUGCGCUAAGAUGACGCUUGCCUUUGUGUUGAGUGUGGAGAACGUGGAGAUGGGAGCGGCCCGGGGAGCCCCUUCCCUUCGGUGCACACCUGUGCUGGCUGCCGGCUGCCAGCCUUGCCUGUGACACCGGCUCGGCGCAGGGCAGGUGGGCAGUGAGGCCAGAGGGCAGGGUCAAGCUUCCUUGGACCGUGAGGAAGAGGCUGGUAGCGAACAGAGACCAAAUGAGCUUCCCCUUAGCUACUGGCAGCGGCAGUUUGAGUUUGCAGUUCCCAGACCCCGAAACUGCCCCUUUUGCGCCCUUUUGCGCCCGCUGGGCAGAGCCCCUACCCCCUUCAGUUUGGAAAUGGGCAGCGCCCCCUAGUGUAGAGGGUGGCUGUGGGAAGCGUGGCAGCCAGGACCAGUGCAAUGGCCAGGACUGAGCCCCUUCCUGGGGGGCAGCUGCUGGCUGCUCUUUGGACUUACGUGCAUUUUACUUGCAAGCCCUUGUUUUAGGAAGUUCAUGGCUAAGUUGUGUUCUGGUGUUGGUGUCUCACAGCUACAAGUACCUUUUUCAGGGAAACCCUGACCACACCAGCCUGGCCAAGCCUCUGACCUUCAGGUGGCCUUGCACCCUGCAGACUAGCCAGGCGAGGCGGGCCGGCCCAUGUGGCCGUUGGUCCCAAGGCCCUUGUGUUGCUGCUGAGUCACUGUCUUACCCAGACUCAGACGUGGCUCUGCCCAGCCCUCGCUAGGUCUUCCCAGGGACCUCUUACACGGUACCUUCCGGUGGCACUUGGGUGGCCAUCUGUCUUCCGGGCUGCUCAGGGUUCUCUCGUCCGAGACCCGCUUAGAGUCGGUGGUGACUGCAGACCCGGCCGCUUCUGGCCCCUGGCCCGCUUCUGGCCCGCACAGUGAUGGAGAGAUGACCUCUCAGAAUGUUGGGCUUGACGUUAAAGUGAAGUCUGAAAAAGACCCUCAUCGUUUCCAAGGAUGACCUCAUUACGGUGCCUUUCCCUUUCUUUCUACAUCUCUCUGUCCCCGAGGGUAGACUUUCUCAGCAUUAGCGGAAACAUCUCAAGUGGGUUGUGUACGGCUGUCGUAAAGCGCAAGGCCUGCGGGCAGAGGCACUCCUUGCUGGCUAAGCCAGGACUUCUCGCUGACAAGUGUGAGCGGUGGUGUCACGCGUGAGGGCCACCUCCACCGCCCCUGCGGGUGACUGCUCUCCAUGGGGCUGGUGUUGCCACUGGCUCCGAGGGAGGCAGUGCUGCCUUACCGCUGCUUCGCCGGUGGCCCUCACCCAGGGUUCCUGGACCAGCAGCAGCCCCCAGCCCUGGGCCCACGGAGCCCUUUGUGCCAGCCUCCAGGCGGCCUGGGUGCAAGCUAACCUUUGAGAACCGCUGGCUUUAGCUGACCUGGUGUCAUCCUUCGUGGGUUUUCUGUCAGAUGCCUGGUCUGGUGAGGUUUAAAUGUCGUCUUAUUUUUCUAUACAGGGGUUGCCAGGCUUCAUUAAGCUGGAGAAGCAGGCGCCCCAGUAGCUGUGGCCAGUCGAGAGCUGCCAAGUGAAUGCGUGGUGCUGGAGGUUUGAGGGUGCUUAUCUUUUGAUGGCGUGAAGAACUUAUUUAGGCGUGGCUGUUUUAAAACACCACAAUGAAUGUAUAAUUUAUGUUAAAGUGUUACCUUGGUUACAAGAGGAAGUGAUUUUGAUUGGUUGCCUUUAUCCCAUCCACUCCUGUUGCCAGUCUUUGCCCCUGCUGUUAGCGAAGAGCCUUGACAUUUCUGUAUUUAAUUUUCAUAAGUUAAGUUACCACAAUCCCAAGAAUUAGGUCUUCAAAAUUUAAACUCCAACCUUUGAGUCCAGUUCCAUAACUCAGCUAUUCGGAAUCCUCUCUGGAUGCAGCGUUCCAGGAAUGUAUUCAAGCCGACCUGUUUUUACUGCCCUUUACUUAUUAAACAAGUUGCGAACAAAA